AUGGAGGAUUCUGGCCAAGGGGCAGCUGUACCUUUACCAACAGACAAAAAGGAAGUUGCAGAAAAGAUGUAUGGAAAGCAAAGUUUUAAGCAAAACCAGCUAAUGGGGGAGCUGGAGAAUUGCUCUGGUUUACCUUGUCCAGAUACCAAUGUCUUACUGGACACUGAUGAUUGCCAUGAAAAACAAGUGUGUUCAAGGUAUGGGAAAACACUCUAUGAUGAAUCUGGAUUAUGUGACUGUGGUGAAAGCCCUGCUGGAGAGAAACAAGAUGAAAGCAGGCAACACUCCAGAAGGAACCUUCCUCCUACUUUACAUGAAAGAAUACAAGGAGGAGGGAAACCAUACAAAUGUACGAAGUGUGCAGAAAACUUCGGUACAAGCCACUCCCUUGCAUUGCAUAAAAAGAUUCACAAAGCAGAGGAUCCACACAAAUGUCUGGAUUGUGGAAGGACCUUCAGGCAGAAAAAUCAUCUUAAUUCACAUAAGAAGGUCCAUGAAGAGAGGAAGCAAGAUCAGUGCAUUAAUAGGGGAAACAGCUUUGGAAGCAGCGCCUCCCUUAUUUCCCAUCAAAGCCUCCACAGAGAGGAGAGGUUGCACGAACCCCGGGAGGGUAGAACGAGGAUUACUCAGAGGAAGAAACUGAAUUUCCAGAAAAAAAGCUCCACUGUGAAGAAAUCAUAUAAAUGCCUUGAAUGUGGGAAUUGCUUCCGCUAUGCGAGUGUCCUCACUUGCCAUAAUAGGACCCAUACAGGGGAAAAGCCGUAUCAUUGCACAGUGUGUGGAAAGAGCUUCAAUGCAAAAAGUAGCUAUAUCAUACAUAGCAGAAUCCACACAGGAGAGAAACCAUACAAAUGCCUGGAGUGUGGAAAGAGCUUCAGGAAAAAAGAUUAUCUAAAGUCACACGAGAGGAUCCACACAGGAGAAAAACCAUUUCAAUGCAUGGAAUGUGGAAAGAGCUUCAAAGCAAGAUAUGGAUAUAUUUUACACAGCAGAAUCCACACGGGGGAGAAACCCUUUCAAUGCCUGCAAUGUGGAAAACGCUUUUCCCGUUCUGAUAGCUUUCGUGCCCACGAAUGGACCCACACAGGGGAGAAACCAUACAAAUGCCUGGAGUGUGGAAAGAGCUUCUGUAAAUCCAGCAUCUUAACUUCCCAUCAAAGUAUGCACAGAGGAGGGAAACCAAAUCAAUGCACCGAGUGUGGGAGGUGCUUCAGUCAAAAAAGUCAUCUUAAUACCCAUAAAAGAAUUCACACAGGUGAAAAGCCCUAUAAGUGCACCGAGUGUGACAAAUGCUUCACCAAUUCAUGGGGCCUCACUUGCCACAAAAGGCUCCAUACUGAGGAUAAACCAUAUGAAUGCCACAUGUGUGGAAAGAGCUUCAGUGCAAAACAAAGCUAUAUCGUACAUAGCAGAACCCACACUGAGGAGAAACCCUAUGAAUGCUUGGAGUGUGGAAAAACUUUCAGCACAAGCAGCAGAUUAACCUUACAUAAUAGGAUCCACACCAGAGAGAAACCCUAUGAAUGCGUAGAGUGUGGAAAAUGCUUCAAGACCUCCAAUGCCCUUACUUCCCAUAAGAGGAUCCACACAGGGGAGAAACCCUAUGAAUGCUUGGAGUGUGGAAAAAGCUUUCGCAACACCUCGAAUCUAGCCUUACAUAAUAGGAUGCAUAAAGGGGAAAAAGCUUAUAAAUGCCUGCACUGUGAAAAGAGGUUCAGUCAAAAAGGCCAACUUAAGCUACAUGAGAGGAUCCACACAGGGGAAAAACCAUUUCAAUGCAUGGAUUGUGGAAAAA